GGGUGAGAUGGAGGCAUGACCAUUGUUGUAUCGAUCACGCGUGGGACCCACCUCCCUCACCUCAACUCCCUGGAAAGAAAUAGGAGACACAUGGACCCUGAAGAAGAUGUUCUCUCUUGGGAAGACUACUUCAUGGCUGUGGCCUUCCUCACUAGCAAGAGGAGCAAGGACCCCAGUACACAGGUCGGGGCAUGCAUCGUCAACGCCAAGAACAGGAUAAUGGGCAUCGGGUACAACGGAAUGCCCAACGGCUGGCCGGACGACCUAGCUCACUGGGGCAAGGACAAGCGUCAAAAAGAAAUGGAUAAGCACACGUAUGUGUGUCAUGCCGAGCUGAAUGCCAUCGUCAAUAAGUACACGGAGAUUGACUUGUCUGACUGCCGGAUCUUCCAGACGAGGUACCCUUGUAGUGAGUGCACGAAGCUGAUCAUUCAGUCAGGGAUCAAGGAAAUCCAUUACCUCUACGCCGUGAACAACGACGAUGAGAAGGUUGCUGGGCUACUGCUGCAAGAGGCCGGCAUGAAAGUCAACCUUUACAAGCCCAAGCAAAAGAAAAUACAUCUUCUGGAUGGAAAAACAGAUGGCGGCUCCAGCCCUAAAAGCAAACGCACCAAGAGGGAAGAUUACCUGCGCUGGGAGCGUUACUUCAUGGCCAUGGCUGCGCUCACUGCCCGCCGCAGCCCGGACCCCAAUACUAAGGUCGGGUCAUGCAUAGUGAUGCCUGACAAUAGGAUCGUUGGCCUGGGCUACAACUACUUGCUCUCCGCUGACAAAGAGCUCUGGCAUAAAAGGGGCGGCACGAAAAAGGAGACCAAAUACCCUUAUGUGUGCCACGCAGCAGUCAGCGCCUACAUGUUCGGAAUGACGAGGGACGUGACUGGCUCCACCCUCUACACCACACUCUUCCCAACCAACGAGUGUAUCAAGGUGCUCAUUCAGGCCGGCAUCAAAAGAAUCGUUUAUGCCUCAGAGGAUUAUAAACAACCCGAGGCAGACACUGAGUCCAAUGAACCACUCAAUGAAUUCGAGUUACGGAAGGCUGGGGCCAAGAAAAUGCUGGACGUGGUCCGCGUCAAGUACAGCACCUUUGACAGUAUCACCACGGGGGAGGAGGAGGUCAAGAUAGAUUUUCACGAGUACAUGAGCCUUCACAAGGGCGCCGACUAGGACAGUUUCAUCGGCAAUAUCACCACAGAGGAGGAGGCAGACGAUUUUGAUAUUGAGGAGAUCAUGAGACUCCACCAAGAAGAAAAUCCACAGGAGCAGUGAAGGCCGGACCGCUGCAGGACGAAGUUAGGGCUGUAUUUUAAGACACCAUCGCUUCCCACAUCAACUAUUUCUAAAGGUCAAAGAGGGGAUCAAUCGAGUUUUCAUGAGUGUUUUUUAAGGUUCAUGGCACAGAAGAAGGGUCAAACUACCACCAGGGUCAUAAAACUACCCCUGGAAAGGCCUACAGCUCCUACGAAAGCCAUGUCAAAUAUGUGAACUUGGGAGAAGAAAUGUUUUAAAAUACGACCCUCAACCCCUUCGGCGCCCAAGCACACAUACUUAACAAGGUUUUCAUAUCUGCAUAACACGUUCUACACCUGCUCGCCGCUGUAUUCCAAGUCCCUCUUCUUCUUCCUCGUCUGCUUGGUGGGCACGCUGCCGUUCUCUGGGUCCAGCACUGCCUCGCGUCGGUGCCUGGAGCGGGAGCGUAUAGGACUUGUGGGCGUUUCCAGUGUAUAUAUGCAAAAUCAUUUAUUCAUUCCAUUAAUAUACAGACGAAAUCGUAUCUUUCACUUAGGGUUAAAUUUUUAAACAUUUCGGCGCCCAAUCACACAUAUUUGACAAGAUUAUCAUAGGACUUUGGGGCAUUUCCAGGAGUAGUAAUUUUAUGACUCUCUGAUGGUGGUAGUCUGACUCUUCUCCUGUACCGUGAACCUGAAAUACUACUCAUUAGAACCUUGAUUAGAACCCGCCUGAUCUCCUUUACGGCCUCUGGAAAUGGAUGACGUGAGGGGGGGGAAGCGUUUGAGAAUACCAACCACCAUAUAAACGAAAUGGCGUAUUCUUUCAUCUUUAGUGUAGGGGUUUGCCUCUCCCUGUUGUGAUCCUACCAGUGUGAUUAUAAGGCUUUAAAAUAUUAUGACGGAGAACUAUUUGUUUAUACCGUCAUUUAUAUGUAUCACAGUAUUAUACACAAACUUAAUAUAAUUAUAUACUCUGUGUGUUUAUUUGAGGAAAGAAAAGGAGGAGAGAGAAGGAGAAGAAGGAGGAGAAGGAGGUGAUUUAUACUGAAAAAUAAGGAGAUGAUGGAGGAGGAGGAGGAGGAAGAAGAUGGAGAAAGAGAGAAGGAGGAGGAGGAGGAGGAGGAGGAGAAAGAGAGGGAAUUUUAUACUGGCUGUGCUGUCUCUAUGAAUAAUAAUAAUAAGAAGAAGAAGAAGAAGAAUGAGGAGGAGGAGGAGGAGAUAAGAAGCAAUUUAAGGAAAAAGAAGGAGGAGGAGAAAGGAAAGAAGAAGGAGAAAGGGAAGAGGAGGAAGGAAGAAGAAGGGGAAAGCGAGAAGAAGAGGGAGGAGAAAGCAAAGAUAUUAGCGUCUCGCCCACUAAAAGGAGGAGAAGAAGAAGAAGAAGAAAAAGAAAAAGAAAAGAAAAAAGAAAAA